AUGGAUGAACACAUGGGACGACGGACGGUCGGCGGCCUCCUCUUCACCAAGGGGGGAUCCAUCCUUCUCUUCAGGGAGGACAGCUCCCGCCGCAAGGCCGGCGCUUGCUGCUCGCGCAAUGGCUGCAACGGCACCCGGCAUUCGGCAGACAAAGGCCGACCAAUGCACAGCCACAGGGAAGCAGCUUCAGCAGCAGCCAAGGAAGCAGCACCAACCCCCCGGAGGUCACAACCUGUCAGGAAACCUCCACAGGGAAGCAGCAAUCCAGCAGGGCCCUGUAGCGAAACCGACAACGGGACGGGAGAGGCGGCGGCUCCCGGUGCCGGGCGUGACCUGCUGGCGCGCCUCAAGGACAGGGUGAACGCGUCGAGGAAGCGGUCGCUGGCCAGGGAGAUGAGCAGCCCAUCGUCAUCGUCCGGUGGAUUCAGUGCCAGUUCUUCUGGUGGUGGCGCCACCCGGUCAUCAGCGGUUUCGAGGCCGACGCGUCGUGCCGCUUCCAGGAUAAGGAAGGCAGAUGAAGGCGAAAGCGCAGGAGGUAGUCGCAGGGUGCCUAGGAGGGACACCGGUGGUGGCGGUGGUGCCAGGGGGAAUUCGGAUGACCCGGUGAUGGUUGGGCAGCGGGCAGCAAGGGAGCAGGCGCCUACCGAAGGGUUCAUCUCUGGGUUCUUGGCGAGGUACAGGGGUAGUCUCCAGGGAGGGUCGUCUCUGCAGGAUGGCGCCGAGGACUCCAGCGGGUACUGGCGCUUUGACGUCGAGGGCAGCGAAGAGCUGGAGAACUACUUCAUGCUCAGCGAUCGGCACCGAGCGAUGAGGAUGGACAUCGAUGGCAUGUCCUACGAGGAAUUGCUCGCGUUGGGUGACCGGAUCGGCACGGUGAACACCGGGCUUUCGGAGGACGCGUUGUACAAGUGCCUGAAACGAAGCCUGUACACGCCCACAGCCCCAGAGACACACCAAGACUGCGACAGAAAAUGCAGCAUAUGCCAGGAGGAGUACUCAGGCGGUGAGGAGGUGGGGAACAUGGCGUGUAAGCACUACUACCACAUCGCCUGCAUACAGCACUGGCUCCGGCAGAAGAACUGGUGCCCCAUCUGCAAAUCCGUCGCCGCCAAGACCGUCUAG